AUGGCCGACGCGAGCAUGAACUACCUGUACACCAUCGGUGGCUACGCCACUUUGAUCGGUCUCGGGUACGUUGUUUACCAGGUCUCGACAAAAAAUGCGGGCCGGAGAGGUGCCGCCGCCGCACCGCGGACCGUCAAGACGACGCAUCAAGAACCGCGCAAGGAGGACAGGAAGAAGAAGCAGCGGAUGGAAAGCUUCGCCUCGGAGGCUCAGGAAGCCGCCAAGGCCAAGUCUCGCAUCAACGCUGCUGAGGAGCCCAAGCCAGCCCCCGUGAGCUACGCAGCGGCCGCGGCCGCCGACUCGGCCAAGGAUGAGGUCGACAAUCGCGAAUUCGCCCGACAGCUGGCCAAGGCCAAGGAGGGCACCAAGUUUGCGUCCAAGUCGGACGGCUCUAAGCAGCGAGAGAAGUCUGUCAAGCAGUCUCGCGCCAACCAAAUCACGGACAAGGCGGCUGCAGACAAGGCGGCUGCGGACAAGCCCGUCGCCCCCCUCUCGACCACCAGCGCCGACGCCGACGACGAUCAGUCCCCCGCGACGUCCCCCGAGACCAGCCCCGUCGACGCCAGCGGCGUCAGCGACAUGCUCGAGCCGGCCCCUGCCGGCCCCUCGGUCCUCCGCAUCACCGACUCCGGCAAGCAGGAGCAGAAGAAGAAGGCCGCCAAGGCCCCCGAGAAGGUCGAGACCAAGAAGCAGCGUCAGAACCGCAAGAAGGCCGAGGCUGCCAAGGCCGCCCGCGACGAGGCCGAGAAGGACCGCAAGGCUCUCGAGGAGAAGCAGCGCCGGGCUGCCCGCAUCGCCGAAGGCCGGGCCGCCAAGGAUGGCUCCCAGUUCCAGGCCGCCCAGAGCAAGAACUCGGCAUGGGCUCAGGGUGCGCCGAACGGCAACAGCGCCGGCAAGACCCCCGACGCCGCGGUCCUGCACCAACCCCUCGACACUUUCGAGGAGAAGCCGGCGACGACGACGGUCAAGCCCGCCGCUGCCAAGUCCGAAGGCUCCUGGAUGUCCUCGCUCCCCUCGGAGGAGGAGCAGAUGGAGAUGCUCAAGCAGGACGCCGACGAGUGGAGCACCGUUCAGACCAAGGCCUCCAAGAAGUCCAAGAAGGCGUCUUCGGUGUCGUCGGCCGACGAAAAGGCCCAGCCUCGCCCUGCCGCCCAGCCCCAGCAGCCCACGAGCGGUGCUUCCAAGGCGGCCAAGCCCACACCCUCGCAGAACUUUGGCGGCUCGUUCUCUGCCCUGACGACCAACGACGACGGCGCUGAGGAGGCCGAGGAGGAGUGGGAGGUCUGA